AUAGCUAUACAUGCGGUAACGUUAGUGUUCGUUUGUGCGUAAUGUUCAAUUUAUAUAAUAAUUUAUAAACAAAAACGUUUUGCAGUCAUAACGGAAGCAUUAGUAGAGUUAUGUAGUUUCUAAACAAUAUAAAAAAAUCAACGAGAGCAAAGAUCAUGUUUGCAUGGUAAUAAAACUGUAAAGAUUUAUGAUGCGUUUAUAUUUGUCACAAUGACAACAAGACUCUUAUAGGGAAACAAAAACAGAAACCAGACAGCCACCUGUCGCGAUUCAUUUAUGUGAUACAUUUCAGUGUGCUUAAUUUGCGUAGUUUUUGACUAUUGAGUGACACAAAACAAGAAAUGUCAGCUGCGGCGCGUGUAGCAGCACCCCCGGUGAUGUUGUUGUCCCGGUUCCGCGGCGCUCUAGUCGGUGCUGUUUUGGGAGAUUGCAUAGGCGGUGAAUUUGAAGGUGCUGUGGAUGUCCCUUUAGAUCGGGUUCUCCAGCAUCUCGGUGCAUUGGAAGAUGACACAUGGGGCGAUGGAAUUCUUCAGUAUAGUGACGACACAGCCAUGAUGCGGUGCGUUGCUGAUUCACUUCUGACCAGGGCAGAGUUUGAUGAACUAGACAUGGCCCGAAGGUUCGCAAGCGAGUACAAGCUUGCUCCAGGGCGUGGUUACGGCUCAGGUGUUAUACAGGUACUGCGAAAGCUUGCAUCGCCCCAUCUGAAGGAUGUCUUCCAGCCUGCAAAAGCUCAGUUCGGUGGCCGUGGAUCUUUCGGCAAUGGGGGUGCAAUGAGAGCUGCACCUUUUGCCCUGGCAUUCAGACAUAUAGCUGAUGUGCGGGAGUUUUCACGGCUUGGCGCAACGCUAACACACUCCUGCUCUUUGGGCUACAACGGGGCAAUAUUGCAGGCCCUUGCCGUCCAUCUCUCUCUCCAAGGGGCUUUAGCACUGCCAAGUAAUUUCAUUGACAGACUGAUUUCAGAAAUGGAGCAACUGGAAAAAGAAGAGACGGCCCAGCUUGAUGCUAAAGCACUGAAUUUAUCAGAGCUACCCUAUUGCGAUCGUUUGCAAAGAGUGAAAGAACUUAUGGAAAGAAACAGCGUGAGCAUUGAGGAGGUCAUAUCCGAAUUGGGGAAUGGCAUCGCUGCGUUACAGUCGGUGCCCACUGCCAUCUUCUGUGUUCUGCAUUGUUUGGAGCCAAGGGAAGGGCUACCAGAGCAAUUCGGAGGCCUGGAGAUGACGAUAGCCUACAGCUUGGCUCUGGGUGGUGACACAGACACCAUUGCUUGCAUGGCAGGCGCAAUCGCUGGAGCACAUUAUGGCAUUGAGACCAUUCCCCAGAGCUGGCAGAAGAGCUGUGAAGGGGUGGAGGAAGCUGAUGCUUUAGCAAAGCGAUUAUACAGUCUGUACACAACACAGUGUGGUGAGGACAGGGGGAUUGCAAGCUGCAACAAUAAUCAACCGCACACACAUGCUGGUCAUCACCGCACUACAAAAACUGACUGAACUGCCAUACGCAACAUGCAGUCACGCAUUAAGAAACUUUACCUGGCACAUAGUGUCAUAUGCACCACUUAACAUAAAUGUUUAUAAAAAUGUGAUGAUCUUCUAGUGCAAAAAUGUUUACAAUAAAAGGAGCAAAAUGCUUACAUAUUAAAUGGUAAA